GGACAUAUCAGAACGGAAGUUCUUCGUUGGCUAUCAACAACUAUUUCAAACGGAAGAGGUAUCAAAAUGGCUGGGAUUGAGUUGCUGUCGGACCAGGGAUAUCGACUGGAUGGAAGGAAAGCUACCGAGCUUCGCAAAGUACAAGCCCAAAUGGGCGUCUUUGGUCAGGCAGAUGGGUCUGCUUAUUUAGAGCAAGGGAACACUAAAGUAUUGGCUGUCGUGUAUGGCCCUCACGAGGUGCGAGGUGCUCGAAGCAAGAUCCAGCAUGACCGGGCUGUCAUUAACUGCCAGUAUAGUAUGGCCACCUUCAGCACAGCAGAGAGAAAGAGGCGGCCACACGGAGAUCGCAAGUCCAGUGAGAUGAGCCUUCAUCUGAAACAGACUUUUGAGGCUGCUGUGCUCACCCAGCUGUAUCCUCGCUCCCAGAUUGACAUCUAUGUCAAGAUAUUACAGUCUGACGGAGGAAACUACAGUGCCUGUGUGAAUGCUGCAACUCUGGCAGUCAUUGAUGCAGGCAUCCCCAUGCGUGACUACGUGUGUGCCUGCACAGCAGGCUUUGUGGACGACACACCACUGGCAGACUUGUGCCACGCUGAAGAAAGUGGAGGGGGUACGUCCCUGGCUGUGGCGUUGCUACCACGAGGUGGGCAGAUUGCUCUGCUGCAGAUGGACGCUCGGCUCCACCAGGACCACCUGGACACACUGAUGGAGGCAGCCAUGACCGCUUGCAAAGGGGUCAGCAAAGUGCUGGAUGAGGUGGUGAGGCAGCACCUGCAAGAAACCUCUGUCCUGACUGGUGAGUGAGGAGGACUGAAUUGGAAUGGAAAUGGACUUGAUGGGACUUGACAGUGGAAGAAUUCUUUAUGUGCUGUUUUUUACAUUCUACAAAAUUCUGUUUUGUCUUCUGCAGUUGUGUUGUACUUAUAAUAUAAACUGAUUUAAUAAAUCAUUGUUUGUCUGUUUA